CAUUAACACAUGGUGCUCUGCCUGCCUCCAGCCUGCGCCCCGCUUUCCGCUGACCUCCGCCUCCUCCUCCUCCUCUUUAUAUAUUCAUGAAGCACAGGGACACAGCGGGUGGGGCGCGGAUAAAUAAAAGCUGAGUGAACUGAAACUGCACACAGGAAGAGGAACUGUGCAUGCGGUGACUCUCCGGGACGCAGCCCGCUGCUCGUCUGGGCCCCGCCGGCUCGCCAGAGAGAAGAUAACCCCACUGCGGGGUGCAAGGAGUGGAGAACUGCCCCGCCAGGUGCAGCUCCAAGAUGAAGUCUCCAUCUGGGCAAGGCAUAAGGCUGGUGUGCCUUCUCAGCUUGGCUUCCCUCUGCCUUCCCACCCCGCUCUGGGAGGACCGAGACUCCCUCAUGCAGGAGGAGAAAGCCAGUAUGACAGGUGGCAAUUUGGUGCUGAGCACCCAGGAGCAGCAGCUCAGCACGAAGCUCAUCAACCUCAAGAAGAAGGAGGUCGCAGCAGCCUUGAACACGGGGCUGUUCCCUCCUAGCAUGCACUUCUUUCGGGCAAAAAGCCUCAUUGAACAGAGCGCAGUGUUCAGCAUCCUGAAGCGCAUGCCAAAAGGUGCUGUCCUACACCUGCACGACUAUGCCAUGCUGAGCGUGGACUGGCUGGUAUACAAUGCUACCUAUCUCCCUGACUGCUACAUCUGCUUCACCCACACGGGCACUGUUCGGUUUCACUUUUCCAAGCCUCACCCUCCUCACCCAGUGCCAGCCCAGUGCUCCCAGUGGGUUUUGCUGGAGACUUAUCGAAAACAGCUGCGCAAUGUGACUGAGUUCGAUGACAGCUUGCUGAGAAACUUGACCCUGGUGACGGAUGCCCCGGAGCUGGCCUACCCUUCCCAGGCUUUCAUUUGGAAAAGGUUUGAAGAAGUCUUUCUCAUCGCUUCUGGACUUAUCUGCUAUGCACCUGUGUUCAAGGCCUAUUUCUACCAAGGGCUGUUGGAGCUUUAUGAGGAUAACAUACAGUAUGUUGAGAUAAGAGCUAUCCUGCCUGCGGUGUAUGAGCUCGAUGGCACUCGGCACAACAAGUCCUGGUCGGUGGCAGCGUACCAGGAGGUGAGCAGGCAGUUUGUGCAGGAGCAUCCCGAUUUCCUUGGAGUAAAAGUUAUCUUCACGGCACACAGGAUGCUGAAUGUUUCCCAGAUUAAAGAAGCCAUCAUCACCGCCAUGGAACUCAAAGCCCAUUUCCCAGAUACUCUGGCAGGCUUCGACUUGGUUGGCAAUGAGGAUGAAGGUCAUUCUUUAUGGGAAUUUAAGGAUGUCCUGACCAUCCCAUAUUCCCUGGGGGUCAACCUGCCUUACUUCUUCCAUGCUGGAGAGACAGACUGGCAGGGCACCUCUGUAGACAACAAUGUGCUGGAUGCUCUGAUACUGAAUACCAGCCGGAUUGGCCAUGGACUUGCCCUUAUUAAACACCCAGUAGCCAAAAAUUUGUCUCUGAAGAGGGAUAUUCCUGUAGAAGUCUGUCCCAUCUCCAACCAGGUGCUGCUGUUGGUAUCUGACUUGCGGAGCCACCCCGCAGCCACUCUAAUGGCUGAAGGACACCCUGUUGUGGUCAGCCCUGAUGAUCCCUCUAUCUUUGGGGCAAAGGGUGUCUCCUAUGACUUCUAUGAGCUAUUCAUGGCCAUUGGAGGGAUGAAUGCUGACUUGAGGACCUUGAAACAACUUGCGCUCAACUCCAUAAAAUACAGUGCCAUGCUACUGGAUGAAAAAGCCAAGGCCAGAGAGGUCUGGCAGAAAAAAUGGGACCAAUUUGUGGCUGAUCUCACUGAUAGCUCAUUGAUGGAGCUUUAGAAGGGAGGAGAUCUGUCUCGGAAGGCAUUUGGCAAGCCAGAGAAAGCCAACCUUGUUGCUGUGAGGCAGCCUGCUUCUUCCAUGUGACUUGAGCAGAUGAAGGAACCUCUACGUCUCAGCCAGCCUUGGGCAAUGUGGUUAAGCUGAACUUAAUGCUAGGAAUGAGCUGUGCUAUCCUGGAGAAGUCAGGGGCUAGAGGUAAAAUGAAGCAGCAAGCCUCUGUAACAAUACCAGCAGAGCAUGCCAUUCAAAAUAGUCAAAACAAUUGUAAGUUGCUGAUGACCAAAUCCUGACAUCCUUAUUUAGAAAAAACUUGCCUUCUAAUUAGACUUAGUGGAUCAUUGCCAACAUGAGGAUCCCUGAAUUUUGCCUUACUGUUACAAAAUGCAGACCUUGUCCAGAAACAGCUAAGACAAACAUCCAGCCAUUUGGGCCACUGACCUUCGGAGAGCAAGGACUGAAAAUGACUCUUGUUAUGUUUAACCCUGGGCCUGCUGCCAAAAUAGCACUGCUGGGUUGAAGAACCAGUCGUAGGUUUGACGUCUGCUAUUUCAGGACCUACCAUGGCUGGAAACAAGCAGAUAGAACCAUACAAAUGUUCCCAGACUGUGUAAGCUUGGUUGCACAGAGAUCAGAAGGACAAAAAGGGGUGCCUCAUUUGC